AUGAUGCGCCGCAACCGUAGCACGGGAGGCUUGAAUGGUCCUCCUGUUGCUGUGAUUCAAGUUCCUCAGCUUUUGCGUGACAAUGACAAUGACGACGUGCCAUCGCAAGUGGAAGUGAAAAAGCUGCGAGCCCCCAAUAUCCUUCGUUUGAUGGAAUCGAGUACAAGACGACGCAAAAAGACGUCCAACAACAAGAAAGAGACCAAUCGGCGCUUCCAAUUUCGAGACAGUGCCAAUACACCCAUGCCCCGUUUGAUGGAGUAUCCCGCCAAAGCCACUGUACCGGUACAAGGAGGCCUUGUCAAGACGACGACAAAGAAGCAGAAGAGUCAACAAGACGAUCACCGCAAAUCCAUCCAACAGAGGAUUGCCGAAGCCCGACACAAUAGUCAAACCAGCACCAACAACACCAACUCCAAUGGCAGUCACACGACCAGUGUUGGUAGCAACAACAGCCAUGACAAUGACAGCUUCCUCCCCAAUAUGAAAAAGCCCAAAGAGCGACGUGCUGCCAUCACCAUGACCAAGGCGUCCUCGCAGCGACAGCUUCAGCAGCUACUAGAUACAACACAACAGCAGCAGCAGCAAAAGAAGAAGAAGAAAGAUGCCACAAAGAAAAAGGACGCCACAAAGAAAAAGGGAGACGACGAUAAGUACUUGAAUGCGCUGUCGUCGUUUUUGCUGCAGUCAGCACGCCAUGCGUCCAAGACAGCUGGACAAGGACGGUCCAAUAAGGACACACAGAGUCUCUCUCUCAGUCAUCAGGACUACGAGAUGGCUUCGACGACAGUGGCGUCUACUUGGGCUCCACCGUCGCAACAACAGCCAGAAUCACUCGUCAAAGCAGAACCAGAAUGCAUUGGCAUGCGCAAAUCCUUUUCCGUGCCGACCAUUCAACAGUUGAACACACGAGAACUCGUUGAUUCCUACAAGGGCCGUAACGGUACGGCCAUGCAGUUGCUCGAUCCCGGUCGUUUGGAUACCUUUUUGUGCCACGAAGGACGACUCAUUCAGUGUCCUACCACGCAAUGCUCCGUCUCCACCGUCACGGUGCCUCGCGACAUUGGAGUCGACUUUUCGCAGGAUGACAAUCAUUGUCGUCGCACCAGUGUCGACAGCUCGGUCAAUCCCUAUCGACGACGAUCCAGUAUCUCCAUGACUUCCUCUUACAUUGCCGCCGGGGCGGGCAUCUACGAUUCCAUGAUGGAUGCAAGUAAUACCAAUUAUCAGUAUCAUCCCAAGAUUCGGAGUAAACAACAGCGUCCUUCGACCAAUACUACGAAACCACCCAAGAGCAGACCCAAACUGUCCACACAACCCAGUUUGGCACGCUUGUUUCCUGGCAAUAAGACGGAGAUGGAUUCUUCCAACAAGACCCUUGCCACGGCGGCCAUGUCCUUGUUUUCCGCAUCUGAUCCAGCGUCCCUUCCGGCGACGAUGACUCCUACGACUCCACAACGACCACGAAAGUGGUUGGCCGCACCCAGUCCACCAGGAGAAGACGAGCCAUCCUUUCGUCAUGUCCAGUCGCUCACCCAGUUGCGCAUGUGA